AUGUUUAAAAUAAUCUUAUAUAUUUAUAGAAUUUUCAGGGCCUUAUUGAAAUAAUCAAAGUAUUAUUUAAGGUUUCUUGCGUUUUGGUUAGCUUAUUCUCAAUAUGAAAAAAAUAACAAACAAUUAUGUCCUCAUAAAAAAAGUGAUGAUUCAAUAAAUAGUCCUAGAGAAGCAUAUACUCAAUACUACUACAACAAAGUAGUUACUCAUUAUUUAUUAUUUAGAGCAUCUAAGACUGUUCCAUAAAUAAAUUCCUCUUAAAGUUCAGAAACAAUAUACUUCAACUAGAAGUUUAAUAUCAUCUAAAAAUUGUUUUUUAAUUAUUAAAUCUUAAUAAAGAUCCUAAAUUUUUGUGA